UAGAGUCAGUCAGCAAGAGGCGCUGGGGAGAGAGCUGGGACUGCGAGCCCGGCGGAUGCGGCAGCGGCGGAGGGCGGCUGGGGAGACGCUACUCCAACUGUUGAAUUUUCACCUUUCAUUUCCUCCGAUGCCUUGCUUGCGGAAAUGGAUUUAUUUGCUUUGAAACCCGCACGUCUUUCGCAGGCUAUGAGCUGAUCCUGACAGGCACCAGAUUAAACGAGACCACCCGUGACAGAAAAGGAGGAAAAAAAAAAAAAAAAAAAAAAAAAGAAAGCCCUCCACAACGGACUGCACAAUUAACUAUGCACACCGGUGCUGGACUUUGUGAAUAGAGAACAUUGAGAGGAAAACCGUGAACUAUGAUGCGGGGCUAAGCUGUGAACAGUCCCUGGAAUCCUGAUUUUUUUUCUUUUUUUUUCCCCCCCCAAGACUCUGAAAGAUUUGGGGGUUCCUCACGCCUAACCAAAAGGAAAGUUUUUUUUUUUUGUUUUUUGUUUUUUUUUUUUAAAUAAAUAAGUAAAUACACCUAGCAAAACAGACGUCUUGUUUUCCAGAGCCUCGGACCCCGGCAGAAAGAGGUAGAGUAAAAGUGCUGCUGGAUUCAGCUACACCUUCCUCCUUCCCUCCCUCCCUUCUCUCUCGCUUUUUUUUUUUUUUUCUUUUCCUCCAAAACGUGGAUCUGGCUUUUCUUUCCAUAGAGUGAGUCAGAGAAAGCGGGAGGAAGAAGCCGCAACUAAUGUCUGUGAAGGGAGGACCAUGAGGCGAGAGUGAAUACGAUUCGUUCCACUGCUUGUGACUCAUCGGGCAGAUCGCAACACCUGCAUUUCUGGAUGUGUCAUUCCCGUGCGUCGAGGCGCCUCGAGAACCCGAGAUGAUGUGUAGACAGACCCGUGCCUAACAUCCCCUCGGAGAGAGGGAGCUCUCGGGGGAGGCGGUGGGCGCCCCUGGCUGGACCGCGGCGGCCGCAGCGCCUCGCCCCCUCCCUGCCCUCCUCGAGCCGCCCAGAGAGACUGUGAGAGCGAGACUGCAGAACGCAUCACGCCAAACCUUGAUGUGGCUCUUUCAUCCAGCCCACUCCUACUAUUAAAGAAAAAAAAAAAAAAAAAAAUUGACGGGAAGGAAAAAAAAAAAAAAAACCCGCACUUUAUUCGCUUCGAAUAUCCACCACUUUUAUUCCUCGCCAAGGUUUUCCUUUCUAGAUGAAGAGGACUGGGAGGCAGGGCCAUUGGAAGGAGAUGCUGAAUAGAAAGAAAAGAGAGGCACUUGACAGCCCAGCCCUGUGAAUGCAGAGACUGUUUCCCUUCUAGCGAGAGAGACAGGGAGAGUGUGUGUGCGAGCCCUGGGAGGGUGGCUCCCCCUUCCUUUUUAUUCCGCCUCCCCCUCCCCCUCCAGAUCGGCACAUCCAACCAUGAGUUGCCUGUUGAUUUCCUCUCGCCUGGGAAGAAAAGCAAACUGGAAUUAAACUGCAUCGAGACAAGUCCUCGCUCUCGGGGAGAGAAUGGGAUGGUAGCGGCGGCUCCUGGCUCGGCGUAGAGAAACCACAGAGUGUGUGUGUUCCACAAACAGAGGCGGAGAUAGAGCUAUAUAUCCGCCCCCCACCCCCCUCCCAACAGACUCACACCGCAAACGCCGAUCAGGCUGUGGCUUUCCGGGGAGAGCCUUUUCCGAGGAAGAGAGGGAGGAGCGUGGUGGAGGGAGGAAACUACAAAUCGGGACACUAGUUCCUUGCGCUGCAUUUCCUCCCCUCCCUUUGGCUGCUCGGAAAGGAGACAGAGAGAGAGAGAGAGAGAGAGAGAGAGAGAGAGAGAGAGGAGAGAAAAUACGCUUGGCUGGGAGAUGCAGUCCGCCGCCGCCUCUGCCUCCGCCAGCAAUGCAAGAUUAGAUCUCUAAAUGCAGCAAAACACUGCCUGAAAACCCAACAGCCCGCGAAGCCAGCAGACAUUUCACAGGGCUCCGGCGAAGCUUCAAAAUCUAUCUGACUCUGUCUCCGUGGCUCCGCGUCCCCACCAGUCUCAUCACAGGAGACGAGAAACAAGUAAGGAUUUCACUUUCCCAUCUGCCUGAAGACACACCUCCCCGCUUCCUCCCCCACCCGAGGUGAAGAGUAUUCCGGCGGCUGCCGCGGGAGUGGAUUUGCAGCGCCCUAGCGGGAGCCAGCAAAAGCUAGGGGUUCUCGACCACCCCUUCUAAACGCGAUUUCCGUCUUAUCGCCGACCUCAUCGCUCAACUUCGAGUGGCCCCAAGUCCCGGCGGAACAGACAAAGCCCCGGGCUCGCCCCCCAGCCGCAGGGAGCCGCCGCCUUGCUCCGCGCCCCUGCAGCUUGGCUGCGCCGCCGCUUCUCGCCCGGUGCGGAUGCUGUAGAUCAACAGGUUCGGGGAACUUGAACGGAAUAAGGAGACCGCCCGGUGCCGCAGCCCCGGAGCAGAGGGAAGGAAGGACCCACAGACUUGUGGCUCGUGUCGCGCGCGCACGCCGCGCCGGAGCCCCAGGCUGGCGCGCACCCACUCGCUCGCCCCUCCAGUUCGGCUGCUCCUGCCCCCACCCCACCGGUCUGGGAUGUACCUUUCCAUCUGUUGCUGUUUCCUCCUGUGGGCCCCUGCCCUGACGCUCAAAAACCUCAACUACUCGGUGCCGGAGGAGCAAGGGGCCGGCACGGUGAUCGGCAACAUCGGCAAGGAUGCUCGACUGCAGCCAGGGCUUCCGCCCGCAGAGCGCGGCGGCGGCGGCGGCGGCGGCGGCGGCGGCGGCGGCGGCGGCGGGCGAAGCAAGUCGGGUAGCUACCGGGUGCUGGAGAACUCAGCGCCGCACCUGCUGGACGUGGACGCUGACAGCGGGCUCCUCUACACCAAGCAGCGCAUCGACCGUGAGUCCCUGUGCCGCCACAAUGCCAAGUGCCAGCUGUCCCUCGAGGUGUUCGCCAACGACAAGGAGAUCUGCAUGAUCAAGGUGGAGAUCCAGGACAUCAACGACAAUGCCCCCUCCUUCCCCUCGGACCAGAUCGAGAUGGACAUCUCGGAGAACGCUGCCCCCGGCACCCGCUUCCCUCUCACCAGUGCACAUGACCCCGACGCCGGCGAGAACGGGCUCCGCACCUAUCUGCUCACGCGCGACGACCACGGGCUCUUCGCGCUGGACGUCAAGUCCCGCGGCGACGGUACCAAGUUCCCUGAGCUGGUAAUCCAGAAGGCGCUGGACCGCGAGCAGCAGAACCACCACACGCUUGUGCUGACCGCCCUGGACGGCGGCGAGCCGCCGAGAUCCGCCACCGUGCAAAUCAACGUGAAGGUGAUCGACUCUAACGACAACAGCCCGGUCUUCGAGGCGCCUUCCUACCUGGUGGAGCUGCCAGAGAAUGCCCCGCUGGGCACCGUGGUCAUUGAUCUGAACGCCACCGACGCCGACGAGGGUCCCAAUGGCGAAGUGCUCUACUCCUUCAGCAGCUAUGUGCCUGACCGCGUGAGAGAGCUUUUCUCCAUCGAUCCUAAGACCGGCCUGAUCCGUGUCAAGGGCAACCUGGACUAUGAGGAGAAUGGGAUGCUGGAGAUCGACGUGCAGGCCCGAGACUUGGGGCCCAACCCCAUCCCAGCCCACUGCAAGGUCACUGUCAAGCUCAUCGACCGCAACGACAACGCGCCGUCCAUCGGUUUCGUCUCCGUGCGCCAGGGGGCGCUGAGCGAGGCCGCCCCGCCCGGCACCGUCAUCGCCCUAGUGCGGGUCACUGACCGGGACUCGGGCAAGAACGGGCAGCUGCAGUGCAGGGUACUGGGCGGAGGCGGGACGGGCGGCGGCGGCGGCCUGGGCGGGCCCGGAGGUUCGGUGCCCUUCAAGCUUGAGGAGAACUACGACAACUUCUACACGGUGGUGACCGACCGCCCGCUGGACCGCGAGACACAGGACGAGUACAACGUGACAAUCGUGGCGCGGGACGGGGGCUCGCCUCCACUCAACUCCACCAAGUCGUUUGCUGUCAAGAUUCUGGACGAGAACGACAACCCUCCUCGUUUCACCAAGGGACUGUAUGUGCUGCAGGUGCACGAAAACAAUAUCCCAGGAGAGUACCUGGGCUCAGUGCUCGCGCAGGACCCCGACCUGGGCCAAAACGGCACAGUGUCCUACUCCAUCCUGCCCUCGCACAUCGGCGACGUGUCCAUCUACACCUAUGUGUCUGUGAACCCCACCAACGGGGCCAUCUACGCCCUGCGCUCUUUUAACUACGAGCAGACCAAGGCUUUUGAGUUCAAGGUGCUGGCGAAGGACUCGGGGGCGCCCGCGCACUUGGAGAGCAACGCAACGGUGAGGGUGACCGUGCUAGACGUGAACGACAACGCGCCGGUGAUCGUGCUGCCCACGCUGCAGAACGACACCGCUGAGCUGCAGGUGCCGCGCAACGCCGGCCUGGGCUACCUGGUGAGCACCGUGCGCGCCCUUGACAGCGACUUCGGCGAGAGUGGGCGCCUCACCUACGAGAUCGUAGAUGGUAACGACGACCACCUGUUUGAAAUCGAUCCCUCCAGCGGCGAGAUCCGCACGCUGCACCCCUUCUGGGAGGACGUGACGCCAGUGGUGGAGCUGGUAGUGAAGGUGACGGACCACGGGAAGCCCACCCUGUCCGCGGUGGCCAAGCUUAUCAUCCGCUCGGUGAGCGGCUCCUUGCCCGAAGGGGUUCCUCGGGUCAACGGCGAGCAGCACCACUGGGACAUGUCGCUGCCGCUCAUCGUGACUCUGAGCACUAUCUCCAUCAUUCUCCUAGCGGCCAUGAUCACCAUUGCCGUCAAGUGCAAGCGCGAGAACAAGGAGAUUCGCACUUAUAACUGCCGUAUCGCCGAGUACAGCCACCCGCAGCUGGGCGGGGGCAAGGGCAAGAAGAAGAAGAUCAACAAAAAUGAUAUCAUGCUGGUGCAGAGCGAGGUGGAAGAGAGGAACGCCAUGAACGUCAUGAACGUGGUGAGCAGCCCCUCCCUGGCCACCUCCCCUAUGUACUUCGACUACCAGACCCGCCUGCCCCUCAGCUCGCCCCGGUCGGAGGUGAUGUAUCUCAAACCGGCCUCCAACAACCUGACUGUUCCUCAGGGGCACGCGGGCUGCCACACCAGCUUCACGGGACAAGGAACUAAUGCAAGCGAGACCCCUGCCACUCGGAUGUCCAUAAUUCAGACAGACAAUUUUCCCGCAGAGCCCAAUUACAUGGGCAGCAGGCAGCAGUUUGUUCAAAGUAGCUCCACGUUUAAGGACCCAGAAAGAGCCAGCCUGAGAGACAGUGGGCACGGGGACAGUGAUCAGGCUGACAGUGACCAAGACACUAACAAAGGCUCCUGCUGUGACAUGUCUGUUAGGGAGGCACUCAAGAUGAAAACUACUUCAACUAAAAGCCAACCACUUGAACAAGCAUUCCCGACUUUGCUUUCCUUUGCUAUCCUCACCCUACACACCAUCACAACUAGACUUCAGUCUGUUGACCUACUUCCUCCAGAACCAGAAGAGUGCGUUAAUUGCACAGAUGAAUGCCGAGUGCUUGGUCAUUCUGACAGGUGUUGGAUGCCACAGUUCCCUGCAGCCAAUCAGGCUGAAAAUGCAGAUUACCGCACAAAUCUCUUUGUACCCACAGUUGAAGCUAAUGUUGAGACUGAGACUUACGAAACUGUGAAUCCCACUGGGAAAAAGACUUUUUGUACAUUUGGAAAAGACAAGCGAGAGCACACUAUUCUCAUUGCCAAUGUUAAACCUUAUUUAAAAGCCAAACGUGCCCUGAGCCCUCUCCUCCAAGAGGUCCCCUCAGCAUCAAGCAGCCCAACGAAGGCAUGCAUCGAGCCUUGCACCUCAACAAAAGGCUCUCUGGAUGGUUGCGAAGCGAAACCAGGAGGCCUGGCCGAAGCAAGCAGCCAGUACUUGCCCACUGACAGUCAGUAUCUGUCACCCAGUAAGCAACCGAGAGACCCUCCAUUCAUGGCUCCCGAUCAGAUGGCAAGGGUCUUUGCAGAUGUGCAUUCUAGAGCCAGCCGGGAUUCCAGCGAGAUGGGUGCUGUUCUUGAACAGCUUGACCACCCCAGCAGGGAUCUGGGCAGAGAAUCGGUGGAUGCAGAGGAAGUCGUGAGAGAGAUUGAUAAGCUUUUGCAGGACUGCCGGGGAAAUGACCCUGUGGCUGUGAGAAAGUGAGGGGGAAAAAAAAAAAAAAAAAGCAUUGGCAUUUUCUUGUGUCUUCUGUUAAUUUAAAAAUGAUCCCUCCUGGUGACAACCCAUUUCACAGGGACGAAGAAAGACCAAUGCUGCUUUAAGGCUUUUAGUGAACAUCUGAAGUGCCCACAAGUAUGUUCUUUUCACUGCUGUUUCUUUUUCAGAGAUAACAAUGGUUUUGUUUUGACCAAACUUAUAUUAGGACAGAAUUAAUGAUGCCGAAAGAGAAAAGAAAAUGAGAGAAGAAAAAGGAAAGAAGACAAAGGAGGAUGAGGAGGCGAGUUACCUUUUGACAAUCUGUUAGGAAGGUAUGCAGCGUGAGAGUUGAAGUAUUUCUGAUCACUCUGAGACUGUCCUCCGUGAUUUAUGCUGACUUAACUGUUUACCUAUAAACCCCAUACAAAGCAGGGUCAUAAUUUGUGAUCUGUGGUGGAUUUCUAGCCGUCAUCACAGGCUUCUACUUAAAGUCCCGAAAAGACCUUGCAGUAGUCCAAGCUACCCCAAACAUUAACACAUAUUUGUGGUAAACAUUUCUGUACAAAGUUACCUGCCACACAUAUAAACACAAAGGACAUUCCAUAUCAUCAGUCAAAAAAAAAAAAUUAAAAAAAAAAAAAACUUGGUCAUUUGUAAGACACUUCAUGUCGUACAAAAGUUAAAUGUAAAAAGAUAUAGUCCAUUUUGUCCUGCACACACAUAGACUAAUUCACGUCAUUAAAGGAGAAGAAAUUUUUUUAAAAGCUUAAAAUGCCUCUUCAGCAUUUUAGUGUCCAACAAACAUACAAAUAAUGAUGGAUAUGUUUUAAAUUUGACCUGAAGAAUAGUUACUAUUGAAUGAUAAUAUUCGGAGGAAAUGAACACGAUCAAUAUAUUUCAUUCGUUUCUGGACACUAAAAUAGCUCAGGAAAGUGAAAAUGUCUUAGACAUCACAAAUCACAUGACCAUUUAAAUGUGCAAAUGUAAGAAGAUUCAAUGUGUUUACAUCAAAUGACAUAUUUUUAUUGAUUUAUUGCAGAUUCAGUGCAUAUGAGCCAAAUUGUUGAGUGUAUAAGAGCUAUAUUGUGUAUUUUAUUAAAUUAAUAUAUAGUUGUGUUGCAAAAAUAUUUGGGCUUAUAUUGUAAAUGGCAAGUGUUGCCUCGGUAGCUGUCGAACUCUAUGAGUUUUGUUUUUUCCUGCUUCCUUUUCCCCAUGGAAUGUGGGAAGCAGUGCCUCAGAGCAAAGUCUCUUGUUUAAUGUAUAGUCUACCAAGUACUACAGUACAUAAUCUGUUCAAAAUGUGUUUGAGUGAGCUGAUGGAGCUAACUGAAAGGUCAAAAGAUACAUCCGUCAGUCAUGGUUACGUGCAAGUCCUUGUAGAAGCUUUUAUUAAAGUCACGCUAAGUCACAAGAAUUACAUGUGUACCAAUACCUGAAACUUGUUCACGUUUUUCCAAUAACAUACAGCUUCUGCCUAUGUAGAUAUCAUAACGUUGAUUGGCUCUCAAAAGUAUCUUACGUGGUUCAAGAUGUGUGUUCCCAUUAUAUUUCAAAACCAUGAAAAAUGCUUUAAUGCAUGUGUGGUACCAGCAAAGGUUACUUGCAUUGUGUAGUGUUUUUCAAGAGGUCUGGGUCUUAGCAAAAUGUUUUUUUUUUUUCCUUUUUCUCAGUACUUUUCUGCCUCCUUUUAUUGGCGUCCUUCGAGAACAAUACACCUUCUAUUCCUUCCUUUGGUUACACCUUUUCUUGUGACAUUUAGCAAGUUUCAAACUUACUUCCAUAUGAGGCUAGGAAACCUCAAAUUUCAGGAAUUGGGAAAAACAAAAUUAGCACUUGCAGAAGUAGCAGCAGAUGGGAAAAUGCCUUGAUUGACAUUUUCCUUCAGCGUCGAAAAUUUUUGGCAUUUUACAGCUUCAUGACAAACAGUUUCCAGCCCAUACCUUACAAAAUGUGGUGCUGAGUUAAAUAAAGGCUGUUUGUGCACUGGAGCAGAAAAAUGCAUUAUUUGCAAACUGGUGGAGAAUUCUGUGCCUUCUUUUCUGGCCACCAAGCCAGUGUAGAAACAGCAUAAAUGUCAUAAAACCAUUAUAUUAAAAGCAAAAACAAAAGCAAAAACAAACAAUGAACUGAAUUAAGUUUUGUAAUUUUAAACCUCAAAAAAUUCAACUGAAAAUAUUUCCGUCAAAUGCCGUCAAGAUUUUAGACUGUACCUCGUUUGCAAAGCCGCUGUGAAAGGGAAGAGUGGACAACUCCCAUCAGCCUUAUUCUCUCGAGAACUGGAUUUGGUUCCUAGUAACAGCCUUUCCAAAGCUCUACUCUUGGUUUUUAUUAUUCAUAAAUGUUUAAAUUAGCAAAGAAGGGAUCUUGUACAUGUGAAACCUAAUCGACUCUCUAUAUUUUGGACAAUUUAUGUAUCUGAAAUGUGUUGUCUCUGUUAUAUGAUGUUAUUUUUUGCCAGGAGACUACAGGUUGAUUUAGCUUGAUAGCUGAAAUUUGAUGGAAAACGAAUUUCCAUUUAGUCUUACCAAGUGUCGCUUCUCUCUUACUAGGCAGAUAGCCGCGUAGUUCAAUCUAAGGCAGUAUGUAAAUGAGAUCAACAAAGAGAGUAGGGUUUAUUUUUAAAACAUUCUUAACGCUGAGUAACCAGUUGUUCAAUUUAUUAUAUGUCUGAAGACAUUAAAACACUAUAAGAUUUUAAGAAUUGGUUGUGCCAAUGUGUGAGGGAUUUACCGUUAGGCUCUCUGUCACCAGUGAUUUACUAGUGUUAGCUGUUUAACACAUUAUCUGUAUUUAGUAGUGAUUAUUUAUUUACAAGUUGGUGGUAAUUUCAGCAGUCAGGACUCUAAGCUCUUAUAGUUGAGUUGAGGGAAUCUCACCUUUAUUCAUUUGGCUGGCGGCUGCCUUUAUCACAGACCUCUGGUGCUCGGCUUCCAAGGAAGUCAAUGAGAUGCCAAAAUCACCCCACUACAGAGCAACUUGCUUUAAGGGGUGAUGCAUGAUCCAACAGUGAUGUUUCAAGGGGUUUCAGCAUAAUUCAGAAUGUGGAAAAAUUGUCUUAAUUCACAUCCUCCAAAUACCAACCCCUCAAAAAAACCCCACACAUUCAAAAAGAAUAAUUUGAUAAUACUUUGUCUUUUAGGUCCUUAAAUAACUGAAGUGAAGCACAGACUAAGAAUUUAUAGAAAUUUUUGUAAGAAAGUCAAAAAGUUCUAAAAAUUGUUUACCGAUGAACUAAAAAAAAAAAAUCAGUAACGAAACAACCUUUUCAUUAAAUGUUAAUGAUAAAAGAUCUUUUCAUCAAAGUUCAAAGUAGUGAGAAUCAGUGUUAGUUAUACCUAUACCAAAGUAAACAUUAAAGAGACAUAUCAUGCAAUUUUAAAGAAUGCUUUCAUAUUACUUCUUAACCUUACAUACGUAUCCUUAUUGCAGUCAAUAUACAAAGAUUGGCUCACUACUCCAUGAAUUAAGUGAAUUCCUAGUUGGGAAAUUGACUCUGUUUCCUUUUCCUGAGAUUUUGUAAAACAUGACUUCCCUUUAAAGGAUUUAGGCAGUGCUCAAUUUUAAAAAUGACACCAGAAAAAAAGUCAUGUAGCAGUAGGGCAGUAUGCUUUAUUAGAACUAGGUUAAAAGCUGUUUGUUGCCUAAUGGAGUAGAAGUUGCUGAGGUCAACAAGUAGACUGAGGUCUGGCAUAAUAUAUGCCCACUCAUUAUUGUCUAAUUAUAUUCUUUUGACAACAGACAGCAUCUAUCACAGCAUUAAUUCAAAUGAGAGUUUUGGCUAUCAAGAUGUGUUGAUUUGAAACAUAAUUGAAUGAGACCUGAUUAAAGUCUGACUCUCCUGGCCCCAGUGUUUUGCAGGUUGGCUAUUCUCAUUCAUCAGCCCCAUCACUCCAUAAGGUUCUUAGCUGCACCAAGCGAUUGGUGAACAAGGACAACAACAAAAGCAGCAUACAUUGUAUGGAUUUAUCUCAAUGCUAUUGUUUAAUGGCUGUGUUUAAUGUGACCUAUCUGGAAAAUGAGGACUCCGAAUAAAAAGCUAUUACUAAUA